CCUAGAGAGCAUCUUUUGGGGCGGGUCCAAUAAGUGAGGACGCGUGCUUGGAUUUGAAUUCAGGCAAUAGCUAACAACUUACGGAGACAUUAGUCAACUAUCACAGCAAAACAGACACAGGAAACAACACUGUAACACUGCCUAUUUCGUUUUCUAGUAAUUAGUGUGAGCAUUUGAAUGUGAGUAACAUUAGUCAACAUCGUCUCGUAUAUAAAUCGCUACUCAAGAGUUGCAUCUACAGUAAGACAUCGCUGUUUGAGGAGUGAUCCCUGUACUUGCAAUGAAAGCAGGCGUUGUCCACUGCCGUUGUUCAAAAUGCUACUCGGUUCCAGCACGGAAGCGGGUACGUAAGCGAUCUUCUGGGAUCACCUUGCUGUCUCUCCCUGAGGAGGUUCUUCUCUGUGUGCUCCAGUAUCUCUCUGCAGAGGAUCUCCUGUCUAUCCGAGCUGUUCACUCUCAGCUGCGGGACAUUGUUGACAACCACUCUAGUGUUUGGGCCAGGGUCAGUUUCAGAGACACGUGGCCAUCCCCAAACACAUUAUGGCUUUUUGAAAGAGCUGCUGACAAAGGGAAUUUUGAAGCUGCUGUGAAGCUUGGAAUUGCAUAUUUAUACAAUGAAGGACCAUUGUUAAGUGACGAGGGCCGAGCAGAUGUGUGUGGUCGAAAGGCUUCCCACUUCUUUAGCCUCGCAGAGAGCCUGCGCUCCCUCACAGCAGAUCCCUUCAUCUGGGUGUUCAUCCGUCCACCGUGGUCGCCCACCGGCAGCUGCUGCAAGGCCGUGGUGUUCGAUCACCUCAAGGCUGAGUGCGCUAACAACAUGGAGAGGAGGGGUCCCCUGUUGCAUUGUUUGGCCAAAGUUUUGCAGCUGUUUGAGGAUGAUGAAAAGCGUUCAGAAGCCAUAUCCAUGCUGGAGGAGUCGUCGCAGGCUGGCUGUCUACAGAGCUCAUACCUGUUGUGGCAGCACAGCCGUAAGGCAGCUAUCGCAGAUCCAGGAAGGUACCUGCAGUGUGUGCGAACCCUCAGGGACUAUGCUGGGAAAGGAUGUUGGGAGGCGCAGUUGUCCUUGGCCAAAGUGUGCAGCAGUGGCAAUCCGCUGGGUUUGGAGUCGAAGGCCUGCUCGGAUUUAGUCGCCCAGCUCUUCAGCUCCUGUAAUCCAGCGUCACGGCCCUCAUCUCAGGAAAUCUUGAAACAAGGAAUCAAGGACAGCAUGAGGUACAUCCUGGUGGACUGGCUUGUGGAGGUGACCACAAUGAAGGACUUCACCAGCCAGACGCUGCAUGUGACUGUAGGCUGCGUGGACCGUUAUUUGACUUUGCGGUCUGUCCCCAAAGCUCGUCUUCAGUUAUUAGGAAUCGCCUGCAUGGUCAUCUGCACAAGAUACAUCAGCAAAGAAAUCCUGACCAUACGUGAAGCAGUUUGGUUGACAGACAACACCUACAAAUAUGAGGACCUGGUUCGAAUGAUGGGAGAGGUCAUCUCUGUGCUGGAGGGAAACAUCAGGAGCCCCACACUGCUGGACUACGGCGAGGUCCUGCUCUCUCUGCUCCCUCUGGAGAGGCGAACCACUCACCUAUUUAGCUACAUCUGCGAGCUGUCCCUGCUCUACUCUGCUCUAGCCACACCGCCACCUGCUAAACUGGCCUGUGCCGCACUGCUGCUCACACGGGCAUUACAUCACUAUGCUCCUCUUUGGCCCACCUUGUUGGCGGAUUACACAGGCUUUUCCAAGCAAGACAUUGUUCCCCUUUCAGUGCUGCUCUAUGUCAAAUGUUUCAGUCAAGAUGUUCCCAAAGAUUACAGGCACGUCUCUCUCACUGGUGUCAAGCAACGGUUUGAAGACGAGGCCUACCACCACAUCAGUAAAGAUAAGGUGAUGGAUUUUAAAGAGCUCUGCCAGAUCCUGGAGAUUCCUGAGGUGGUGCCUCAGAUGGAGCCUCCCAGUCCCACUGGUCAGCCAGCGGACAUCCAUACCUUCCUGGCCUCUCCAUCAAGCGAUAGCAAGAAGAGACGCGAUGACAGCAUGCAGGCGCACCGAGGCAGCUUUGUGGCCACACCCACUGCAGAACUAUCAAAUCAGGAGGAGAAGCUGCUGGGCGACAUCCUGGAUUGGAGCCUGGACACUUCCUGCUCGGGUUAUGAGGGGGACAGGGAGGAAGAAAGCGAGGGCGAGAGAGAGGAUGAUUGUUCCAUGAUAUCCAUCAAGCUGGAUCCGCUUACUGAUGCAGGCGAAAGGGGGGAGCACUGCCGAGCUCUAUCCAGCGAUGAGGACAGCUUCUGUGAAGCAAGGAGGGAGGUGAACAAGGAUUCCCAAGGCCAAGAGCCCGUUUCCCUCUCUAAAGACCUUCACAGUUCAGGAUAUUCCUCAGUCCAGAGUGUAAGCCCCUCAUCUACAUGCUCCUCCUCCUCCUACUCAUCGUCUCUCAGGGCUUGCACAUUCAAGACCUUUACCACUUCUCUGGGUGCUGCUUCUUCCAAUGCCCAGCCAGGCUUCCGCCUCUUAGUUCCCAUGCAGAGGCCUCGGGGCACAUCUAGCAAACAAGUAAAAAGGAAGAACACAGCGGCUCACAGUGGAUGCGAGGUGGAGAGAGAAGAGGAGGAAGAAGAGUAUUCUGCCAGUGCAGGGUUUCUGAGCCUAUAGACCAUGGUUAUUUUGAUGGCCUCAGACUUUUCACACUUUAAGAAAACACACACA